AUGACACAGGAGCAGCUCCAAGAGUCUCUCGAGGCAAUGUCCCUCAAAGAGGCGACGGAGCUCACCAACCAAAAACUACAAAAAAUGCAAGACGACGUUCAAAAAUUCGUUCUAUUGGAAUUUCAAAAGAUAAAAGCACGAUUUGAAGACUACAUGGAAGAGGAACUCGACGAUAUUGAAGAACAACAUAGAGAAAACGUCAAAAAAAUCGAAGGAAUAUGGCGAACCUACGCGGGUGACUCAGUCCGCAGCCUCGCAAAAUCACAUGAUGAUUUGACGGACAAAGUCACCGCAAGUCUACGAUGCUUCCAAAGCCGGGAACUUAUGCUCGGCAUCAGGUAUUUGGUCCUUACUGCCCGUCAAAUGUAUCAAAACGAGUCCUUUUGUCCAAAUUGCGGUAAGGGGAUACCCUUGACCUCUGUCAACUACGCCGUCUCUGAGGACGAUCCUAUCGAAAAAGCGACACCAGAGGAUAUCAAGGAGAUUUCACACGGCAUUCUGAACGCUAAAGAUCUCAAACUUCUCAAGUUCUCGGAGCUUAAUGGAGAUGAGACCGACAUCAGAGCGUAUGAUAACUGGGCUUAUCUCGCACUGCUUCUCAGUAACCCCUCUUAUGUUGAUGUGAGAGAGAAAUAUUCGAACAUGUUCAAGUGGGUGGUCGGAAAUUCUAUCGAAAAUGUCGCCGAAAAGGCAUACCGACUCCACAUCGUCCCAUACUGGCACUAG